AUGCAGACCCCAACUCAGAAGCCCAAGGCUCCAGCAACGGUCCCGUGUCAGUACAAGACUGGCAAGACCUUAGGCAGUGCGGUGGUGAAGGAAUGUGUACAUAUUGGAACGGGCGAAUACUAUGCCUGCAAGGUGCUCAACAAGAAGUUCCUACUUGGUCGCGAACACAUGGUCCGGAAUGAGAUCAACGUCCUCAAGCGCGUCUCAGCGGGUCACCGGCAUAUAGUCUCACUGCACGACUUCUUCGAGACCACACAUAAUCUCUAUCUCGUCUUUGACCUGUGUACCGGCGGAGAGCUGUUCGACCGGAUCUGCGCGAGGGGCAGCUACUUCGAGAAGGAUGCCGCGCAGAUCAUCCGGACCGUUACUGACGCCGUCAAAUACCUGCACGAUCAGGGCAUUGUGCACCGCGACUUGAAGCCGGAGAACAUAUUGUUCAAGUCAAAGGAGGAGAACUCGGACUUGCUGUUGGCUGACUUUGGGCUGUCCAAGGUGCUCGAGGAGGACAACUUCUCUAUCUUGACGACGACCUGUGGAACACCAGGGUAUAUGGCUCCCGAGAUCUUCAAGAAGGCGGGCCACGGCAAGCCAGUCGAUAUCUGGGCUAUCGGCGUCAUCACCUACUUCUUGCUCUGUGGUUACACACCUUUCGAUCGGGACUCGCAAUACGAGGAGAUGCAAGCUAUCUGCCGGGGAGACUACAAGUUUGAGCCAGUCAAGUAUUGGCAAAACGUCUCGCAGCCAGCUAGGGAUUUCGUGCGCGCCUGCCUGACCGUUGAUCCCGCCAACCGCCCGACAUCUGCCGAGCUGCUUCAACAUCCUUGGUUGAAGAUGUACGAGCAGCCCGCCACUGCUGCCGCUGCAGGCGAAGAUAAGGGAACGGACUUGCUGCCGAACGUCAAGGCUGGCUUUGACGCUAGGAAGACUUUCCGACGUGCAGUGAUGGGUAUGAUGGCUGUCAAUAGGCUGAAGGAGGGCGGUGCUGAGCGGCACAAUACCAUCGGUGGCCAAACGGCGAAAGAGAAGGAGGCGAUGAGGGCCGAGAUUGAGCAGAGGAAACAGGAGGCUGAGCACGUGAGUUGUCCUGCGAUUUGCGUUAGCGUCGGUCGGGAGCUGAUGAGACGCAGGAGGACGUCCAGGAGGUACUGGCGGGGACAAGUGUCUAAGUCAGUCGCGCAUGAGGAUACAGUGGAGUACCCGCGGAUUAUGACGUCGCCAGGUAUAGCAGCAUGA